AUGUUGGAGGUGGCGAAGCAGGCGAUGGAGCAAGCGAAACGCCGGAAGGACCUUGUUAAGGCAAUGUCCUCCUGCAAUGCAGGGCCGAAGACGAUUGAGGAAGAUGACAGCAAGCGCAGUCGUGCUUCCCGGACGCCCUCAACCAUUGCGUCCACUCCAUCUACUAAGACCCCGGACCCAAAGGCCAUGAAAAAGGCCCGUGCGAUCCACAACCAGCUCUGCGACCAAACGCAGAUGGAGGUGGAUGACGACCUCAUGGAGCUUUCGACGCAGAUUACAAAGGAUCUAAGUGCUUUGAGCUUGCAAGUGGAGCAGGAUGAAGAGAUGAAGCCACAAGAGAUGCAAGCGAGUGUCCCGCCACCCAGUGCCGAUCCGAGUGGCCCGGAAAAGAUCCAAGCGAGUGUCCCACCGCCCAGCGAUCCGAGUGGCCCGGAAAAGAUCCAAGGGAGUGUCCUGCCGCCCGGUGCCGAUCCGAGUGGCCUGGAAAAGAUCCAAGCGAGUGUCCCGCCGCCCAGUGCCGAUGCGAGUGGCCCGGAAAAGAUCCAAGCGAGUGUCCCACCGCCCAGUGCCGAUGCGAGUGGCCCAGAAAAGAUCCAAGCGAGUGUCCCGCCGCCCAGUGCCGAUGCGAGUGGCCUAGAAAAGAUCCAAGCGAGUGUCCCGCCGCCCAGUGCCGAUGCCGAUGUGGAGAUGCGCAGUGUCGAUCUGGCUGACCCUAGCCCGAAGGUUCCUAGCUCAGUACAUCAAGCCCUUCUGAGACCUGGAACUGUGGACAUGGAGUUGCUAGCGGCAGCGAUUGAGAUUGCCAAGGGGGGGUCCGAAGUGCCAGAGCAGACAGGGGGUAUCUCUGCAAUCAAUGCUUUGGAGCAGGCCCUCAAAAACAAGAUGCCCAGAGCAAGCCCCCCUGAGAAGCUUGCCAUGCCCCAUCCUCAAGAGAAGCCUGAUCAAGAAAUGAUUGCAACCACCGCAGACCCGGUAGCAGCUACAACGACCGUUGCCCCGGUACCAGCUUCCGAUGCAAGCUCUGUCAGCGCCACCGACAAAGCAGGGUAUGAGGCCAGGCUGGAUGAGAUCGAGAAGCAGCUCAAGGCCAGGAAUGUUUCAGAUAUUGUGGUAUGGG